AAAAGAAAACGCGCAGAGAAAAAGGAGGUGGAGGGAGGGAGGUGAGAGCGUGAGAAGUAGGCGAGUGGAGGACAAGUAUACUCUCCAGCAUCCACACAAAGCUAUCAACGCGGUGGCUUUUCUCUUAUUCUUCAGUCUACAAGUCUAGUGUGUGUUGCUCCUCGGUCUUCUUCCUCCUCCUCCUCCUGCAUGUGCAUUUCGCCAUUGGAGCUCUCAGUCUCUCACUCGCACACGCACUCGCACUCGCACUCGCUCGCAGAUCUCUCAGGCUAAAAGGUUGCUCUGCUUCGGUUCAGUUGUAAAUGCAUUGAGAAUGGAUGCGAAAAUUGAUGCCAAUGCACCCUUGGACUACGCUGAAUUUCAGAUUUUUCCAUCCCAGAACAGGUAUGAGGCGCUUGUUUCCAGUGAUGGAGAAGUAGAAAAGUUAGCAGGCGGGACUCUAGAGCCACUGUUGCCACAUUUACCAGAAGUAAAUGAAUUGCAUCGGAAGGGAACGAAAGCCAGCCUCACACUUCGACUUCCUAAAAGCCUGCAUGGUGCAGCCUGGUUCACGAAGUCAACAUUCAUCAGAUUCCUGCAAAUUACUGGUUCACCAGAAAUAAUGCAUACCAUUACUGCUACCGAAGAAGAAAUAUCUCAACUGGAAGAAGCCAGAAAGUUUCAUGUUUCUUUAUAUGGCCAGUCUGAAGCUGAGAUUGCAUCAUCAGAUGCUUCAAAGAACGAACUUUUGCGGGCUUUGGACUUGAGGCUCACAGCACUAAAAAGGGAAUUAACUGCCGCUAUUGAAAAGGCUUCUCAUUCCUCGUUCAACUCUAAAGAGAUUUCAAAUUUAGCAAACUUUUCUCAACAUUUUGGAACAACAGAUUUCAGGAAUGCUCUGUUCAAGAUUUUAGAACAGUAUCAACAAAGCAAGAGUGGUGAUCCUCAAAAUGAUGACAAGUGCGGCAAUUUUGGAAUUGCGAAUGUUGAUAAGACAGAAGGAAGUGCUCAGAUAUCAAAGCCCAUGAAUUUUGAUACGCCAGUAAAAUAUAGUGUUUCACCUGCAAAAGCUGCCCAGGUUGAGCGACAGAGUUCAACCGAAAGCAGGGAGUCAUCUGAGUCAAGUGAUGAGGAGCAAACAUCUGCAGAAAGAAGUAGGAGUCUUAUGAGAAGUGCCACACCUAGAAGGUCAGCAUCUCCAAUGCGGAGGAUUCAAAUAGGGAGAACUGGAUCACGCAGAGCCGCUGCAUUAACCAUUAAAAGCCUCAAUUACUUUCCUUCUAGGGAAAAGCCUUUUUCUGAAGAGGGUGAACCUGAACAAUCAAAUAAGAAAUCUGAGAGUAAUGCACUCAGGAUGAGUGUUCAAGAUGCAAUUAGUCUUUUCGAAAGCAAACAAAGAGAUCAAGCUGCUGCAGAUGCUCAAAAAAGGAGCUCGUUAACAAAUAUCUCUACGAGCACAAAUAAAGCUGUAUUAAGAAGGUGGAAUUCAAGUUUGGGGGAAGCUUCCACCCAAUGCCAAUCUGAAAUUGUCUCUGGAGACCGUGUUCCAAUGACUCCCAAUGAUAUACCAAAUGAUGAGAUGCCAACAUCUUCAGAAGAAGUGAAACCAGAGUCUGAUCUUUUAUCCACAGAUCAAAGUACUAUUGAAGCUCCUAAACCUGCAGUUAACGAAGGAAAUUUUGAGAAAAAAUUAUCUAGUCCAAUUGAUAAUGAAGCAGACUCUAAUGUAACUCCGGGAGAGAAAAGUAAUCAAAAAUCAACAGCAUCAAUGGAAUGGACUCGAGAAAGGGAAGCAGAAUUGAACCGAAUGCUGUUGAAAAUGAUGGAAAGUAAGCCUGUUAAGCCUGUGAAGCCUGUUAAGCCUGUGAAGCCUGUUAAAUCUACAAAGCCUCAAGCUACCAGAAAUCAAAGCCUUCCUUCUGAACAGAGAGGUGGCUUUUAUGACCACUACAAGGAGAAGAGAGAUGAAAAACUACGAGGUGAGAAUUCUAGAAAGCGAGCAGAGAAAGAAGCACAAUUCAAAGCCAUGCAACGAAUUCUUGAUGAAAGGAAAGCUGAAAUGUCCUCUACAAAGGCGAAUGAUAUUGAUAAAAAAAGUUCUAUGCAGAAGCCCCAAAAAUCACUUGGAAAAGUAUCUCAACCUGCAAAUCCUAGAAAGGAAAAUGCAAAACCUUCUGUUACAAAGAAGGCUUCACCUAGAACAUCACCCUUGCCUGCUACACGCAAGUCAUGGCCAUCGACACCAACACCGAGAGCCACUGGGGCAUCGCCAGCUAGAACUCCAGUUGGGGUCUCUUCUACCAGCACUACCCCUACCCGUCAAAAACCCAAGCCAACACCACCCAGCACUAAAGUGGAAAGACCCCUGCAGCGACAGAGGAAUGUGAAGGAGUCUGUGAGUACUAAUGACAGGAGCUCAAAGGGAGUGAAUGAGAAGCAGCAGCAAGCAGUGAAAAAGAGUGGUAAAACAACAAAACCCAAAGUAGUGACAACCUCUGGUGAUUAUUCUGAUAUAAUUCCAGCAAAGCACAGCAAGGUGACCAAGAAAAGCAGUGUAGUUCCAGUGGAAUCAAAACCAUUUCUUCGGAAGGGUUCUCGAACGAGCCCUGGUGUUGGUCCCGUUGUUAACAAGAUAAGAACUUCUCCUCACUCAGAGGAAUCUUUGGGAAACAGCACAAAUAUGAUUGAGACUCAAGAGGAUGAGGUACUUGGUAGUGCCUCUGAUCCUGUGAGUCAGCAUCAAGAGCCAGAUGUUGUGUCAGUCGGCCUUUCAAAUGAUGCUGUGGAACCAGAAGCUCUGGUAAAUGAUAGCCUGACAUGUAGUGAGACGCAACAUGUUGACCCAGUUUCCCCUGAUCGUAAUGAUCACUUAAAAAAUGUUGCAGAAUCGUCAUUGCAAGUUCAAGCUGAAGAAGAAUCAACCAUCUCCCCAAGUGCUUGGGUGGAAAUAGAGGAGCAUCAGGCCAUGUCCCCUGGUAACAACGGCUCAUCUCAAGUAACUACUUCAGCCAAUGUUGCACCAGCUGGACUGUCAAGUCCUCGUGUCCGUCAUUCUUUGUCCCAGAUGCUGCAAGAAGAAAUUAACGGACCAGAUAAUAUUGAGUGGGGAAAUGCUGAAAAUCCUCCUGCCAUUGUGUUCCAAAAGGAUGCCCCAAAAGGACUGAAGAGGCUCUUAAAGUUUGCUCGGAAGAGCAAGGGAGAUGGUAAUUUGACUGAUUGGUCUAGUCCGCCAGUUUUCUCUGAAGGAGAGGAUGAUGUUGACAGUGUACUCAGAAAGGCUUCGCUUCAUACAAGGAACUAUGAACCAUACUCUACUCAAUCAAAUAUUAGCAGAUUUGACGAUCAGAGUUCUUCACAUAAGUCACAAGAGAACCGUGAUGCAGCUGCAGGACCUGCAACUAAAGCUGCAACAAGGUCAUUCUUCUCUCUUUCAGCGUUUAGAGGCAGCAAACCAAAUGAAAUGAAGUUUCGCUAAUCCUAGAGGCGCAUGUGGAGUACUGGAGUCAGAUUCUGCGAAACUUUCAAUUUUUCGUUCACUGUCGUUGUAGCAUACUAGCAUGCAUGAUGCAUUCAUCCCUAUACUUCUGGCAUUUCUUUUCACUUCUUUUCUUGUCGUAGUACUGUGUUGCCGGGUCUUUGUACAUGCUAUAUGCCCUUGUUCUGUUGUUCUCAGAGAUUUAAACAGAGCUCUUGUUCUUAAACCUUAUGUUUCGGAUGUCAAAGCGACUACAGAUCGCUACAUUGGCAUCAAUACGAAUGCUUUGCGUAUAUUGUCAUCAAUACGAAUGGUUUGUGACAGAGGA